AUGGCAAGAACCUCUGACAAAGACAAUGCACUGAAACAGUUCCACUGCAUCAGAAUAGUUGGUGCUGGGAAUAUGGGUACACCGAUGGCCAUCGCUUUCUCAGAAUUGGGUCUUGAAGUUUCGAUCUGGGAUGUCAAUGGGAAAAACGUCGACCAGCUUAAGGAAUGGUCCCAAAACAACAAGACCAAAGGUGGAAUCUCCACAUUUCACGAUAUCAAUGAAUUUGUCAAAAGCCUGGAGAAUGAGAAACGCAAACUAUUCCUCUUCUCCAUUUCGCACGGUAACCCGGCAGAGUCUGUGUUGAGUAUGAUCAAGAGCAAUCUCAAGGAUGGAGACAUCGUCCUUGAUGGAGGCAAUGAAAAUUAUCAACGUACCCAGAAAAGACAGGAAGAAUGCGAAAAGAUCGGUGUUCAUUGGAUCGGCAUGGGUGUUUCAGGCGGCUACCAGGCGGCUCGUCGUGGUCCAAGUCUGUCCCCAGGCGGUGAUGCGAAAGCAUUGGAGACUGUGAUGCCACUACUCGAGCUAUACGCAGCGAAAGACCCUAAAGGCAAUCCAUGCGUGGCUCGAAUUGGUCCUGGUGGCUCGGGGCAUUAUGUGAAGAUGGUUCACAAUGGGAUUGAGGGAGGCAUGUUAUCGACCUUGGCCGAGGCGUGGUCUUUUCUCCACAAUGGCCUGGAACUCGACUACAGUGCCAUAGCAGAUAUCUUCAGCCAGUGGAAUAACCGGGGAGAAUUACGAGGUACCUAUCUGCUCGAUAUAGCGGUCGACAUGCUACGCGCCAAGAUGCCUUCUGGCAGGCAAGAUGAGGAUGACAGCAAAGAUCAUUACGUGCUCGACGAAGUCCUGGAUAAAGUCGUCCAGGAUGACGAUGGUACUGAAGGUACACCGUAUUGGAACAUCAUGGAGUCAGCAUCUCGGCAUAUAGCGACACCUACACUUGCUACAGCUCAUUACUUGCGCGUUGCUAGCGGAAACAGAGCGGAGAGGCUGUUGGCUGCCAAGAAGCUUCAAAUUCCAGAGCCCAGGCCACUCCAGGGGAUCAAAAACAAAGAAUCUGUUAUCGAGCACUUACGCUGUGCCGUAUAUUGCUGUUUCCUAGCCUCAUUCUGCCAGGGGCUAGAAAUGAUUACACGAGCUUCCGACGACGAGGGUUGGGGCAUUGAUUUAGGCCAAUGCCUUCGAGUUUGGCGUGGCGGCUGCAUCAUCCAAGCCAACGGUAUAGCCGAUCUAUUAGAGCCUGUCCUAUCGACCGAUCAUCAUUGGACAAACCUGAAGCAUUCCGACGAAGUCGCGGGGGAGCUGCACCGCACUUUCAGCUCUCUGAAAGAGAUCGUGGUACAGGGCACCUUGGCCGACCAAUAUCUUCCCGCGAUUUCUGCAUCUCUCGAGUAUUUGAAAUAUGGAGGUGGCACAACACUCCCGACGAAAUUCAUGGAGGGACAAAUGGAUUUCUUUGGUGCCCACGGAUAUGAUAAGCCCGGUGUCACUGGAGAGGAUCCAGGGCCCGUCAGGAAAGGUCCCCAUCACCACGAAUGGCGGCCAGCAAAGGAAUGA